UGACCUUAUCUACCACAAUCCUUGGUAGAUUAGGUUUUCCGAUGCCAUGCAGAAUUUUGCUAAGAAGGUACUGGACCUUGGGGCGCCAUACCUCAUUGGUCUCACGGUCUCAAAGGUGGCCGCCUUGCUGGCGGGCGAAGUUUACAUUGGCAUGGAGUCUUUGGCAAAGUUUGUGAUUGCCUUGGCACUUCUUUUAACGUCGUUUGACAUCGUUGUUCGCAUGGCGGCAUCCAGGAAACAGCGUUGGAAUUUCGCCAAGCAUGGUACUGACACGAUUUUGAUCGUUCUCUUCUCUAUCGUAUUUGAUUGUGUCUCCUGCGAGGCAGAUGGCAGCACCUGCAGGUACUGCCGCGCCACACGCCUGAUGUUGCCCUUCGCAGUGCUUGUAAGCCUCGGGGGGAACAUGAUGCGUUUCAAGCGCAAACAGAAGCCGCCUGCCGAAAGCGGCAAUGCAGAUGAAGUCGAAACCGCCACAGUUGGGACAUCUGGGACAGCAGGCCCUGCCGUCGAGUGAGGGCCAAAGGAGUCGAUGGAGCCAGUGCAAAGUUCACUCUCCUAGAUCAAACAAUGACAGUCUUGACAUGUCUUGACAGUGAAGAAAAGUUGCUUGAAA